AUGAAAUUGGUCCUAGAUGGUUUGAUCUCAGCAGCACAAAGUGCGUUUGUCCACGGUCGGUUAAUUAACGACAACAUCAUGUUGGCUUACGAGGGUCACCAUUAUUUGAAACGCAAAACCCAAGGUCGAGAAGGCAUGGCUGCUUUGGAGGUUCAUACGAUAAGCACAGUAAAGUAUCACAUACUUCAUGAAAAUCAGCAGCUUGGGCCAAUUGUUCCGGGUAGAGGUUUUCGCCAUGGGGAUCCUCUAUCUCUGUAUCUCUUCUUAUUAGUUGCUGAAGGCUUGAGUGCCCUUAUUGACAGACAGCAUGUGAAAGAAGAUGUGGUUGUACUUCUUGGCGUGGAUGAAGGUGAUACUGCAGGAAGAUAUUUAGGCCUUCCUUUGGCAAAGGUUCAAAGUUGGAAUGCCAGAUUUUUGUCUCGCGCAGGCAGAGAAGUUCUUUUGAAGACUGUAAUUCAGCCUAUGCCAUCAUAUGUAAUGAUGGUUUUCCUACUACCAAUCGGUCUAUGCAAGGAAAUUGAAACCAUAAUGAAUGAGUAUUGGUGGACGGAUAGUGCAGGACAAGUAAGGGGGAUUAAAUGGAAAUCGUGGGAAGGAUUACGUGGACCGAACAAGUUUGGUGCUUGGGCUUCAGGAAGCUAA